UCUCUCUCUCAAUUUCAAUUUCAAUUUUUUCAAUUUCAAUCUCAAAAUCCCUCUCACUUUCUCUCUCUAGCUCCAUCCAUGGACGACCACGGCGCGAUUCCGCAGGGGCUGACCGCGGACGAAUUCGCGCAGCUGGAAAGCGUGAUCCGCACCUACCACACGUUCGACGCAUUGCCCAACACAUGCACGUCGCUGAUCACGCAGCGGAUCGACGCGCCGGCGGAGGCGGUGUGGCCGCUCGUCCGCCAAUUCGACAAUCCGCAGCGCUACAAGCACUUCAUCAAGAGCUGCCGCCUCACCGGCGACGGCGGCGUCGGCAGCAUCCGCGAGGUCACCGUCGUCUCCGGCCUCCCCGCCUCCACCUCCACCGAGCGCCUCGAGAUCCUCGACGACGACCGCCACAUCAUCAGCUUCCGCGUCGUCGGCGGCGAGCACCGCCUCAACAACUACCGAUCCGUCACCUCCGUCAACGAAUUCAAUCGCGACGGCAAAACCUACACGAUCGUCAUCGAAUCGUACAUCGUCGACAUACCCGAGGGCAACACCGGCGAGGACACGAAGAUGUUCACCGAUACGGUGGUGAAACUCAAUCUGCAGAAGCUAGGCGUCGUGGCGAUCGCGUCGAUGCACGGCGGCGGCGACUGAUUCCGAUUCAAUUUGGGGGUAAGGAAUAAUGGUGGUGGUUGGAUUGGAUUGGAAUGGAUGCGCAUUUGUUUUUUUUUCUUUUUUUUUAAAAAAAUAAUUAAGUUAAAUGUAAUAUUUGAAUAUUUAAUUUGGGGGUAUUUGAUUAAUUAGUGGCUAGAAUUGAAAAACGAAAUGGUUUUUCUUGGUUUGUCUCAUGCAAGUUGGAAGGAAUUAUUUUUAAAUUUUCUAUAGUUGCUUCAA